AUUCAGAUUUUCCAAUUCAUCACAAAUUUACAGAGACCAAAUUAGGGUUUGAGAUCCAAUUUCCCCAAUUUCCCCAAUUUCAUUACAAUCAAAAAAUGGCACUAAGGAGGUUCUACAACGAGAUAAAGGGAUUGAAAGUGAAGGAAGUACCCAAUCAUUUGAAACCAAAGCUAUCAAUCGGUUACUUGAAGCAAUCCGUCGUCAAAUCUUUGGACAAUUACAACGCUAAGUACAUUCAGACAGGCUCUAUCGAUCCUCUGUACCAUGUCUGCUUUGGUGGGAUGAUCUUCUCUUAUCUGGUCGCGCUUCCCGAGGAACGCCGUCAUCUUGCGCAUCAACAGCAUGCCAAGGAGCACGGAGAAGGCCACCACUGAUUGAAGGAGCUGGCGAACCUCCUCCGAGUUGAUUUCACAAUCAUUGAUUUUAUUUUGAUGUAUGAUUUCGCAUGUUUCUGGAAAUCGUAAGCAGAAAGAUACUAUGUUUUCAGUGCAUGGCAGCAUGAAGUCAUGAAAUAAAAAUACACUAGACUAAACAUUGAGUAUCAUAACUUUUGUUACUUGUUUAUGUUAUAAUGUAUGGGUGAUAUAUUAUGCGGGUGGCGAUCUCAAAUUUCUUUUAUUGGUAUAACAGUGAACUUGAAUCUCAAUGCAGUGGAGACUUUUGAUUGGUA